UUGUAGUAAUUCGUCCCUCACUGGCUUUGGGUACGAGAUGAUAACGGCGAAGCUAGAUCAUAUUCUGUGCAAACUAACCGCGAUGGAGAUUGCUAUGAAAAAGGAUCGGGAAAGAAUCGAACAGAAGCUAUCUUCAGCUAUCAACCAACUAACGUCGAAGGAAAAUCCAUCUCAGUUGAAAGUCAGUAGGCAAACCUACGUUCGCUCGUGCAAGGAAGAGCCAUCGAAACAAUCAGGCAUAUAUUUAAUACAGCCUGCCGAAAAUCAUUACCCAUUCGUGGGAUUCUGCGAUCAUACUUUUUUCGAAGGAGGCUGGCUAGUGAUCCAGCAACGCUUUAACGGAUCGCUGGACUUUUAUCGCAACUGGGUCGAGUACCGGAAUGGGUUCCGAAGUGUCGAUGGAGAGUUUUGGCUCGGUUUGGAACUCAUGCAUUCGUUAACUUCGAUGCGCUCCCACGAACUAAUGGUGGAGUUGGGAGAUUUCUCCGGAAACUUCGGGUACGCACGCUAUAGUGAGUUUGCGAUUGGCAGUGAGGCGGAACAAUAUCCACUAGCAAAGCUGAGAUCGUACACAGGAACAGCAGGAGAUUCAUUAGAAAACCAAAAAGGCAUGAAAUUUUCGACCAAGGACCGCGACAAUGACAUUGCAUCCUGGAGCUGUGCUGUCGCGUACGAGGGAGCAUGGUGGUACAAAGAUUGUCACUAUUCCAAUUUGAACGGAGUAAUGUUGAUUCGCGAAAUAUAA